AUGUUUACUUUAGUCGAUCUUCAAAAAGAAAAUAUUGAAGAAAUAACAUCGACUGGAAUUAAAACAACAAAAACUAUCUAUGAACUUGAUUCGAUUAUUUUUGCUACUGGUUUUGAUGCAAUGACUGGAGCUUUAAUGAAUAUUGAUAUUCGUGGUCGAUCAGAUUCUACAAUUCAACAUAAAUGGUCGGAAGGACCACGAACUUAUCUUGGAUUGAUGAUUAGUGAUUUUCCAAAUUUAUUUCUAAUAACGGAACCUGGAAGUCCGUCUGUAUUAACAAAUAUGAUCAUUUCUAUUGAACAACAUGUUGAUUGGAUUACAGAUUGUCUUGAUUAUUUACGAAAGCAUCAACUUAAUACAAUUGAAACUACAAAUGAAGUAAAUGCGAUUGUCAAUGCUACAUUAGUUAAUAUGGGUAAUUCUUGGUAUUUGGACUCGAAUGUUCCAGGAAAGACACGAGUUUUUAUGCCAUAUGCUGCUGGUAUUGUUCUUUAUCGACAAAAAUGUGAUAAAGUCGCAGAUAAUAAUCAUGAAGGUUUUCAAUUGGAACAGAUUACAAAUAGACAAUAG